CGUGGCCCGUGGAUCUAGUCAGUCUAAGUUGGCGUGCAAACCAGAAAAGCACCAGAAGAUCAAGAUACACAGGGGAAUCCUUCCUUAUCCCGCCGCCGCCGCCGCCGCCAGCUGCGCCUCGUCGUCAGAGGGUUCUCAUUUCUGCUCCCUCUGCCUCCGGCCCUCGCUGCGCCUCCGGCUGGCGACGGGUACGACAAACCCGAGGCCCCUCUUUCCACCACCCAAGUUCCCUUUCCUCUCUCUCUGCGGAAGGUGUCGGUGCUGCCCUCUGGUGUCUGGAGUGCUGUGCAGAUCCACCCAGUCGGACCUGGAUCGAUAUCUCCGUUUGUUGGGUCAACAAAUUCUGGGGUUCAGCUAAACCCCAAAUCCGUGCCUAACUGCCACUCUGGUCCUGCAAGGUUUCUCUAGGAUUUUUGUGCAACAACAGCCAUGUGGAGGCUCAAGCAGUUCAUCCCCAAGGAGCAGCCCAGUGGCCUGGAGGGUCGGACCGUCGAUGUUGGCAAUGUCAAGGUGCACGUCCGGGAGGCCAUUGCGGAGGGUGGGUUCUCAUCCGUCUAUGCUGCCAGAGACCUGGUAAACCCGGCGAAGCAGUACGCCCUCAAGCACGUGAUCGUCCAGGACGAGGAGUCGCUGGGCCUGGUCCGGAAGGAGAUCACGGUGAUGCGGUCGCUCAAGGGACACCCUAAUGUGGUCACGCUGGUUGCACACGCCGUACUGGACAUGGGACGGACGAGGGAGGCACUGCUGCUCAUGGAGUUCUGCGAGAAGUCGCUGGUUUCUGUGUUGGAGGGCAGAGGAGCAGGCUACUUUGAUGAAGAGAAGGUGGCUCUCAUCUUCCGGGAUGUUUGCAAUGCUGUCUUUGCGAUGCAUUGCCAGACGCCGCCUCUUGCUCACAGGGACCUAAAGGCUGAAAAUGUUCUUCUUGCUGCUGAUGGGGCUUGGAAACUAUGCGAUUUUGGUAGUGUGUCGACAAAUCAUAAGUGCUUUGAUAAACCUGAGGAGAUGGGCAUUGAAGAAGAUAACAUCAGGAAGCACACCACUCCUGCAUAUAGAGCUCCUGAGAUGUGGGACUUGUACAGGAGGGAGAUUAUCAGUGAGAAAGUAGAUAUCUGGGCUCUUGGAUGUCUCUUGUAUAGAAUCUGCUACUUCAAAUCAGCAUUUGAUGGAGAAUCAAAGCUUCAAAUACUUAACGGGAACUAUCGUAUCCCAGAAUUGCCGAAGUACAGUUCUUCUAUUACAACACUUAUCAAAGACAUGCUUAAUUCUUCUCCAGAUGCCAGACCAGACAUCACACAGGUGUGGUUCCGCAUUAAUGAGUUACUUCCAUUGGAGCUGCAAAAGGAUUUACCUGAUGGAUCUCCAUCUGGAUCAGCAUUUGAAUCUCAUACUGCCAUUGAUGAAGCAUCAACAAGACCACAGCAAAUGAGUGCCUCUUCAUCAUCAAGAGACAAUAUGAGGAGUACCUCUCUUAGUGAUUCUUCCAACGUGAUGGCACAAGGUCCUGUGAAAGCUGUGGACAACAGGGGUUCUAUGGGUGCAUUUUGGUCAACUCAACAUGCUCAGGAGCUAUCUUUUGCUUAUGACAAGGGGCCAGCUUUUGAUGAAGAGCCCAUUAAUCAAGUCACAUCAAAGCAAUCACAGGCUAAGAACCAGAACACACCAGCUCCCAAUUCAUCUCGGAAGUCUCUGUCUGCAUCGGUUGAUAGUUCCCCUGGGGAUUUUGAAAUUAGGUUUUCUGCAAAUGGCUCGGAGUCUGGGCUGGAGAAAACCAAAACGGCAAUAACAGAGAAUAAAACAAAGAUACAAACUACUGCCUUCAACUCCUUCGUGGCAGACUUUGAUAAUAUCAAAAUGAACUCACAAAACAGUACUGACAAUGUAAACAUGACUAGCAAAUUGAAAGAACAUCAAUUGGAAGCAGAAGUAACUUUGCUGAAGGAACAAUUAAAGAUAGCAAACCUGGAGAAGGAAGAAAUUUCAUUGAAGUUUGAUAAGUUGUCUGCCAUUUGCUCCUCUCAGAGGCGAGAGAUACAAGAGCUUAAGCAAGCCUUAGCUGCAGCUUCUGCUACACCACCAGCUAAACAGUUCAGAGAAAAUUCAAAAGUUGAACUCACCCCACCCAGCAAAAGCCUCGAUACUCCGCCGAGGGAGAAGAUUGAAGGAACCCCUCCAGAGCUCCGGCAUGGCCUAUUUACUUCAAGCCCGGGAACACCAAGCCCUGAUCCGAAAACAUGGUCAGCUUUCCCUGAAGAGCCAAAAGCUCAAGCAGCUGUGAAGAGUGUCCACCCCAGGUCAGUCCGAACUCUGCGCGCAUCAAACAGCAACAAAGCCAGCUCGCUUGGACAGUCAAAUAUAAGUUCUAGCACCGAUCCAUUUGCCUUUGGUCAAGAUAGCUUUAAGGCUGCUCCUUCUGGAACUGUACUUCCCCAGCUAUCAAGCAUGGGGAAUACUUCUCAGGUAAAUAAUCUGAAUGUAGAAGAAAAGAAAGAUGGAUCCUACCAACCAGCUGGAUGGACUGGGUUUUGAUUGUGCUAUAGCAAUUUACGGUGAUACUAUAUAUGUGCCAAAAGAUUCAAGAGUACAUAUGGUCUUGGUGGUGUGGCAUACUGAAGAUGCAGAGAGGAAUGCCUGAUCUGAUGUAGGUAUGUGUGGCAACGCUUUUGUACAAUUGUUCUGGUGCUGAGCUAGCAUCAUAAUGCAUCCAGUUGUAACUUUAGUGCAAAUGUAAGUUGCAAAUAAUUGCUAGAUUAGAAAUAGGAAGAUGUUUUUUUCCUUCUGUAGACAUGCUUGUGGUGUCAUGUCAAUAAACAAUGACUUUUGGACGCAUGCUAUAUAGAUAUAACCAUCUAUUGCCAUGUCAUGAAUAAAAAGGUUACCAUUUAGUGAUAAA